AAUGCGGCGGCAAAGCGGAUGCGUGAACGCGGGCGGCGGUGGCUAGCAUGGCCGGGCUGCUCCUACUGCAUCUGUUGAGCGCCGCGGCCGCCGCUAGCCUCGGCGAUCUGGCGAGACGAGACACCGGCGACGUGUUCACUAUACUCGGUGGUGAAUGUGGGCCGGCGCGAUGCGUGGAAUACGGCGCGGGUGCGGCGAACGCAAGGGAUUCGGUGAAGGGGGAGUGUGCUUGUUCGUGUCCUCAGCGCGCUCCUUUAUUCAGGGAAGAUCGAGAGCUUUGUGUCGACGAUCUACCAGAAUGCUCCCUGGCAACCUUCGGCUCCGGUACCGCUGUGCAACGGAUCCCGUUUAUCUAUUUGCCGCUCAAAGGUCAAAUCAUACAUCCAUCUCGAGAAAUCACCUUCCACAAUGUGAAAACUCCGAUCUGCGCUGUGUCAGGAGCCCAGUUCCUGACCCGAAAAGGCUUUCUGGAUCUCCGCAACACGGUCGAUGCUGACGUGCCAUUUAGUUUGUUUCGUGAUGAAGGCAGAACCUUUCUACAGUGGAGCGGUGAAGAUGAAGUGCGCAAGCGCAUGUCUGGACGCGUCAUGGUGGUGCGGCUGCUAUGUCGAGAUAUCUCCACCACGCCAAUAUCCCCCUUAGAUCUGAGGGGGGUGUUUACACCGUGUGUUGCAUUUAGGGUCCAGGGCACGCCUCCAAGGCAUUCUAACAAUAUAACUGAGGUUCAGUUCGCAUCUAACGCACAAACUUCCGAAACAUCUAGCACAUCUGGACUGAGUGUCACAGAGUACAUAGCAAUCGGAAUCAGUUCCUUACUACUCGGUCUUAUAUACGUCGCCUCUGUUUUCCUCUACUUACACAUCAAACGGCGCCGCAAAGCCUCCGCUGAAGACAACGCUUUGAGGAAACUCAAAGUGCUACGAAAAAAAGAUGGAACCGCUAUAACGGAACAUGAUAUCAUAAGAAUAAAUAAUGAAAGGGUUCAAUCAUUGGCCAAUGCAUUGGGCCAAGACGAUGGAGUGGUUAAGAAAAACCCAUUAUUGAAUGUUGGAAGACAAUUCCAUGAAAAUAAAAGCUUUACUAGCGAUCUUUCUGAUUCUGAAGAUUUCCCUGAUAGCAGUUUACAUGGUGAAGAAAAUGCCUUUAACGUACGUAUUUUUCUAGAAUUAAUAACUUCUUCUAUUCAAAAACAAGGCUCUUAUUCAAGGUAUUUAAAUUUUCAGAAUGAAACAUCUGUAGUUAUACAUAGGCAUAUGAAAGAAAUAAGACAUCAAGGGGAUGGUUUGGAAUUAAAUCAUAGAGAUGAAUCAAGCAUAGAACGUCUUCCAGAUGAGCAUGUGUCCAUAGUAGAGACAAUAGACGACCGUGAGAUCGCAAGACCAGUGGGAACAACACGGCGCAAACUUUACUUUAACCCAGCGUACUUCGAACCUCAUUUAAUGGCAGAUCCCCCUGCUGCGGCAAUUGAAUUCCUUUCAAAAAUUCGAGAAGUUAUAGCAAUCGCUAAACAAAAAAUGGCUACAAAGCGCUUUCAUCCAGUCUUAAAUCAUAUACCAGAAGAAGAAACUUAUCCAAAUAAUGGAAACAGCGUUGAUCUUUACCACGGCAUGGGCAGUCAACGAAGUGGAAGCGUAGUUAGCCUUAAAAGAGAGAAUAGUAGAAAGAAAUCUUCUAAUUGCUUAGGCUGUCCGGGAUGCAAAACAAAUAACACUAAUGAUGAUGUCCAAACAUUCAUGAAGUACGAUAUAACUGCCUGUUCAAACUGUCUUGGUGACAAAGGAGAAAAACAAAACAGCAUCAGAAAAUGGUUAGAAAAUAUUCCAAUUGGAAAACAAGUAUUUUACAAUGAAAGCCAAACCCAAAACUUAGCUAUUUCGUUGUUAUCUUUACCAAACAAUGAAAAGCAAUGUCAGUUACAAAAACAAAACAGUUUUUGUUCAUCUCACACUGCGAAUGUAACAGAUGAAUUCGCACGUUCCAAGAGAAAUGCUUCCCGUUCAGUAAGAUCGGAACCAUGUGUACGAAACUUCAAUAUUCCUUUACCAGAAUUUGACGAUGCUGAAUCUGAAAAUAAUCAUCGCCAAACUGUUUCACGUGUAGACGAUAUAAGGCCCAUUGAUUUCAAUGGAUAUCGUUCUGGGAGUUUACGGAAGAAACUCGACGGCACUAAACUAAACGGAAACACCUUAAUAAAAAACAAUGCUUUACCAGAUAUGGUAAAUGAAGCUGUAGCUCUUGAUAAUUUCUCAAGGUCAUCAUAUAAUUUAAGCAGUUCAGAUGAAGAACGGUGCCCAAAACAUUUAACACCAGAUGAGGCUCAAACCACAUAUACCAAAAACAACUCAGAUAUACCUUCAGGAAAUGAAUACGAAACAGACAGCCUUGAACGAACAUCAAAUAAAAAAGCUAAAACUGGUCUUAUUGAUUAUCCCGAUGUUUCAUCAUCCCAAGCGAGUCCAAGUUUAAGCAAUGCCUUGCCAUUAGAAGAAGAACUUACAAUGAGAAAUGCUGUAUAUAAAACAAACUCAAGUGGUACUAGCAACACUCCAUCACCAGAAGCAAAUAUGCAAGUAGAUGACGAUCACUAUGAAGUUAUAGAAAUAAAAAAGACUAAAGUGGAACCCGCUAUUGAUGUUAAAUUAAAACCUAAUUCUAAUUAUAGCUUGGUAACUGAGGUGUAUGUAAACAACAGUUAUAAUUUUAGCAGUGCGCCAACCUCGCCAAGCGGUUCUGAAAGCUCAAUGGGAAGUAGAAAAUUAUUUCAAUCGAAUAAUUUAGAAGAGAGACCUGGAUGCUUGACAAUAGAAGUAAAAGACCCACCAGAAAACUAUAUAAAAAUUCAUGAAUCAGACGGUUUCGAACCAGACACAUUAGACCGUAAACAUCCAAAGCACAGAGAGAUUAUAGAAAGUAUUCAAUUUAGUCGAAAAGAUCUAUUGAAAAACAUCGGUACUACAAAACCCCGAAAUCAUGAACGCAUAGAACUAAGAAACAGUGGCACAUUCAUUAAGAACAAUGCAAAAAGUGAAGGUUCAAACAAGUUCAACAGCUUAAGAAAUGAUCAUGAACAUCAGCGUCAUUUUCAGAGUCGCCCAAAGCUGUCGCCAAAUAUAUACAGUAGCUCAAAAUCACUAGAAGAUACAACUGACGAUAAUUUGGAUUUAUCGUCCAAUGGAUGGACCUCUGAAGAUAGUCGAAUAUUAACAUUAGAACUAAGGCAUUCGAAGAGGCAACGACAAUGCACACCGCCUACUAUAAAACAACUUAAAAACUUAGCUCGACCUGAUAUUUUGCCGCCUUUGCCACCAAUUGAAGAUACCAUAUAUGAAAAUCCUAAAGUAUCUAAAAGAGUACAAUGUGAUAACACAGAAAUAGAACACAUUUCCUCUAUAAUGCACAGUAGAAGUGUUAGUCCAAGGACGAAUAAUACAAUAUCAGAGUCCGAUAUAAUUCGCGAUAACAUGUCUCCUCGUGAUUCCAUAUGUAAAGCUUCACAAAUCCCAGUUACAUCAUCCACUCAUUCUCCAAACUCGGAACAUGAAGAUCUUUAUCUUGCACAAUCGAGCCACAGUGACAUGAAAUUAGAUGACAGCCGAAGUUCUAAAAGGAUGAAAAGUUGUUAUGGCAGCGGAAUAAACACUAAUACAUUCGUUAGAACUCAGAAAGGAGAUAACUUUCAUAGGACUAAGUUUCGACGGAAAAAGGGUACCAAUAUAGAAGAUUCUGGUUAUCUCAGUAGUGACUCGACGAGUUCUAAGCAAAUUCAACGAAAAUUAGUCAUCGCAAAAAUAGCUAGUUGUACUGAAAGUGACGACACGGGGGACGAAGCUAGGAGUGAAUCUGGCGCUGAAAGUAUUGAAACACAUUCAGUGUAUUUUGGCAAUUGUCAAAAACAUACUAACGAGAUCAUGAAAAACACUACCAAAGUGCCUAAAGAUACUAGGAGAAAAAUUAAAGUUAGAAGUGAAAAUCAUAGCCAGUGAAACUUGUGCAAUAAUAAAUAAACACAGUGCAAUAAUAGAUUAACCAAUACUUUUAGUUAUAGACGUAAGUAUAGUUUGAUACCUAUAAAAUUAUGAAUACAUACAAUACCUCUGCAAAAAUAUAUAGAUCCAUUAGUCUAAUUUAAUUGUAACUAAUAAUAAUAUAACGAAGAAAGGCCGGACGUGCAAUGCAAUAAUAGAAUAAUUAAAUGUUAAACAGAGUAAUAAAUAAAAUAUUAUAAUACCUGUUUAUCUUUGUACAGUUUAAUAGAUAGAUAAUUAUAUCUUUCUAGAUAUUAUUUAGCUUUUAAGAAAUUGCUUUCUGUGUUUUGAUGUAAAAUGUGUUAAAUAUAUUGUUGUUAUGUGUAUUAUAGGUAGAUAAAUUUUAUUUUAUGACUUUUUGUAAAUAUAAAGCAGAGUCAGGCAGCAAAAUUUGGCUUCCUAGUACCUGACAAAUAUAGAUUGCUCCGGAGAGGGGUUUUACGCUAGAAGCAGUUUCUUAAUCCCCUCCGUUAUGUAAUAGAGCAUACGUUAUUUGGUUGUUACUUGUUGAGAAUAAGCAAUUUGGAAUAAUACAUUGAAUUAUCACAAUCAUUAUAAAAAACCAUUUUCGGCACCUCAGUUUUUUCUUACACAUCAUACCACACUCUUCCACAUCUCUUUCUACGUAGAACAUUGUGAAAGGGAUAGAAAUACCUACCUUUAGUUUUGUCGAUUAUCGGCCAAAAUUAAAGUCAAUCUAUCUGUAAUCUGUUGAUAAGUUACUUAGCAAUGUUGUUAUUCGUCAAGACUUUUUGACAAAUAACAGCGUUGCUAAGCAACUUAUCGACAAGUUAAUAGAUUGAGCAUUAUUUUGAC